AUCAUGUAAACUUUUGGAUUAGCUAAAAAUUGUGUGUUUGUUCUCAGAGUUAGUUACACAGUUUCAACGAUGAAUCAACUCGCGCUUUCAAGAUCCGGCGGUUACACGGCCGCCGUUAAGUUUCUCCCGCUACUUUCCGCUGCUGUUCCGAAGAUCAUAUCUUCCCUUGCCGCCGCAUCCACCACCACCACCGUCCGCAACUUCAGCUCUACCGGAAGUCCUCUCACCAGCUACCUAACCAAGAAGCCGUCGCAGCCAAAAUCCUUCGCCUCCAGGCUUCUCCAUCAAUCCUCUGCCGCUACUCCGCCGCAACAACUUUCCGGCGCCCGUAGCUUCUCAUCUCCCAGCAGUGAUUUCAACAGCUACCACAUUAAUCCGCCGGCUAACUGGGGAAUCCGAAUCGUGCCGGAGAGGAAAGCUUGUGUGAUUGAGCGGUUUGGUAAAUUCCACACGACUUUGCCGGCGGGGAUUCACUUCCUUGUUCCGUUUGUGGAUCGUAUUGCUUAUGUCCAUUCUCUAAAGGAAGAAGCGAUUCCUAUUGGUAAUCAGACUGCGAUUACAAAGGAUAACGUUAGCAUCCAUAUCGAUGGUGUUCUCUACGUUAAGAUUGUGGAUCCUAAGUUGGCUUCUUAUGGCGUUGAGAACCCAAUCUAUGCUGUUAUGCAGUUGGCUCAGACUACAAUGCGUAGUGAGCUCGGGAAAAUUACUCUUGACAAGACUUUUGAGGAACGGGACACUCUCAAUGAGAAGAUUGUGGAAGCCAUCAAUGUUGCUGCAAAAGAUUGGGGUCUUCAGUGUCUUCGUUAUGAGAUCAGGGAUAUCAUGCCUCCUAAUGGAGUGAGAGUUGCUAUGGAAAUGCAAGCUGAAGCUGAACGUAAAAAGAGAGCCCAGAUUCUUGAGUCUGAAGGAGAACGCCAAGCCCAUAUCAAUAGAGCUGAUGGUAAGAAAAGUUCUGUAAUCUUGGAAUCAGAAGCUGCAAAGAUGGACCAAGUCAAUCGUGCACAAGGUGAGGCUGAAGCAAUAUUAGCUAGAGCACAAGCAACAGCCAAGGGACUGGCCAUGGUAUCUCAAUCCCUCAAGGAAGCUGGUGGAGCGGAGGCUGCGAGUUUAAGAGUUGCGGAGCAAUACAUUCAAGCUUUUGGUAAAAUUGCUAAGGAGGGUACAACAAUGCUGCUUCCGAGUUCUGUUGAUAAUCCUGCUGGCAUGAUCGCUCAAGCUUUAACAAUGUACAAAGGCUUGUCAACAAAGGUCCCAACAGUGCUUUCACAGAAACUUCAGGAGUAGAAUCCUCUACCGACAUGGUUGUUGCCAAACUUUCAUAGAAGCUGAACCUAGGGAACAAAAAUUCUUUUGACUUGUGCAGGCUUAUAGCCAUUUUCAGUUUUUCUAUUCUUCAUAUGAGAAACAGUUAUCUUACUUUAUAACCAUUUUGCAAACUAGAAAACAGAUCUAAUCUCAAAUUUCUGAAAGAGUUUUUGCACCAGAUUUGGUCUUUAAGUGUUGGCUCUUGUUAUCUUUAUAUCAAUAUAUCCAACUCUUGUUA